CAAAUGUUGCAAAUGUAAAUAAUAUAAAAAAAUCUGUAAAAAAAUAUUUUGAUAGUCGAACAUUAAAUCUUAGAAUAUGUCACUGUUGUGGUGAAAUUGGUCAUACUGGACGAAAUUGUCCAAUUAGAAGAGCAAAUAAUCUCUGUAUUUCAUUUAGACAAUUAUCUGAAAUCAAAAAAGAUAUAAAUGAAUUUAAAAAACACUAUG